GCACCUCGCAGUUCGCCAUCCGCAAUUUUUAUUAUAAUUUUGAAAAACUGAGUUUUUUGAACAAAAUAGUUAAAUAAAAGUAUUUUGAAUUUUCCACAACAAACAAUUUUCCACUGUCGUCAUGUUUUUAUGAAUGUAAUGUAAUAAGGUUUCGUUGUAAGUUUUCGAUAUAGUUGAUUCAUUUCAAUUCACAAGAAAAUUAUUAUGAAAGUGGUUAAAAUCUAUUGGUAACAUGGAUAUUGAUGACGAUAGCUCGGAACCUCCGCCUCCGGGCACUGGAUCUUUGACUCCAAUAGUCAACCAACCAAGCAGCCCUAAUCCUGUAAAAUUACCUAAAGGAGUAGAAAAUGCCAAGAAGAGGCUCAGGGCAUUUUCGAUUCAAAAGAAAACACCAAUCACACCAUUGGUGCCAAAAACCACGGGGUCGGGAAGUGUUGUGGUAAUUGGUAAGUUGAGCAGCGUCAAAACAACUCCCAAGCCGGACAAGCCAACUGUUGAGCCUGACGUCAAAAAGCCUCCAAAACCACCCAAACCAGGGGCGGCCCGAAAGGCAUUGCAAGACUCGUAUUCUGACCUGCAAAAGAGGACAUUGUCCGAGAUAGAGGACAUGAAACGUAAAAUGGAAUUGGUGGAGCUGGGUAUACCGCUGGGACUGAUUUGUCCCACAGCAACCAGUGAAAAAGCCAUGCCCACUAAAGCUAUGCCACCAAUCAAGUCUUUCUUAAAUAAAAAAAAUCGAGCAAUACCUCGAGGACAAAGACAAUACUCGUCCCGAAGAAAAUAUUCAAGUACAGAGUUUAGAGUUUGCCCGGAACAGCUAGACGAAAUAAUUCGCGAAGCUAAAAAGGCGAGAGCAGAGGGUCGUCAGUUUAAAUUUGACUAUCAGAAACUAUUGCCAGACUAUGAUAAUCCAUUCCAAAAGAGAAAAGAAGAACCUCAACCUCAACCUCAAGAUCGUAGCGAAAGACGUAAAAGUGAUUAUGGAAAAGACGACGAACGACGAAGGAGCGACAAAUACGAUCACAAAAAACAUUCCGACUAUAGAUCAGAAGACAAACACAAACGUAGGCACAGAGAUAAAGAUCACGAUAAAGAAAAGGAAAGAAGCAAAAGCGACCAUAAGAAGACUGAGGAGAAAGAAAAUACUGAAAAAGAAACCGAUGUCGAUCUUAAAGAUUUUCUUGUUUGUGACAGUUGGUCGUUGGACAAUGACGAAAAGGUUCCUCCUCCUAGCCCCAAAAUUGAUGAAAAGCAUAUCAACAAACAGCUGGAGCCCUCAGAAAUUCACAAAGCUAGUCUCGAUAAAACCAACGAAGCACUGAAGCAUUGCAUCAAAGAUAGUCCCAAAAAAGUUGAAAAAUUACAACCAGUCAUUGACUCUUUCAAAUUUGAAAUAGACCCCAACGAAGACGACGAAGUAUUAGAUAUAUUCGAUGAGAAUUUAGAUUUGAAUAAGUACGCGAAACCCCGACCUCCCAAGCUUCGGGACGAGACAUCGCAGAGGAAAACAGAUAUCGAAGUUGAACUUUACGAAAAAGAUAUGACUGACAUCAACGAAGACACGUUCUUAGAGUCUGUUAUAAAUGAGAUUAAACAGGAGAAUAUGUCCGAUGAUGAUUGCGAAAAAGGAUUGGUCGAAUACGACGAAUCUCCAUCGAAGGAUAGUCCAGAGACAAAGAGAUCUGCCACUCCCGAUAUAGUUGAGUUGGGGAGUACGAGUCAAAGAAGCGACUACUCGGGGUACGCGUCCACAGACAGUUAUAGAACGGCUGGGACCAGCGAGAGUGGUUACAAAUCUGUCGACAGUACCAGUUUUAGAAUAUCUCCGGACAAGGAACUGAAUGCUUCACUACAAGACGGGCUGUCCAGACCCACCGUUGAUUCGCUAGAGACGUGGAGUUUUGUGUUGAAAAUCUGUCAACCACUUCUAUUCAGACACGACAAAAAUAAAUGUUACAAAGAGACCCAUACCACUCCAAAGAUAUGGUAUACGGAGAACCCAAAACAAUGUACCUGUGUGAAAGACCGGGCUGUUGUAUAUGAGGAGCUAGAGAUGUGCAAGAUGGAUCUCGUGGAUAGGGUGUAUGGUUGUGAUCAAAUCGAGGACUGCCCAACGGCUCUCAGCCGCAGCUGGUACCCUCGCUGCCCGCUGUCCCCGGCCAACUCGCUGCCCAUGAGCAACGAGUGGGAGGCGGACGACAGCCAGCACCGCCCCGACACGCCGCAGCGCGACGACGUGCUGCUGGACAGGGAGUACCAGAGAUUUAUGGAAGCAGUUGAAUGUAAGGUUGAAUCUUCUAGAAGUACAACUCCGGUGCAGCAGGAAACGAAGAAGAAACGCAAAGAGGAUGUACCAAAAGAGAUUGAGGAUAAAAAACUUAAAAAGCUUGAGGACUGGAGCCAGGAAUCUGAUAUUGAAAUAGAAGUGGAAAAAACAUCGCUUCAGCUUGACAGAAGAUCUACGCUUCUGAGUAAAAAGUUAAAAGAGAAGGAGAAGUCCAAAGUUCGCAAGCGGAAACACUCGUCUUCUACGCAAUCUUCGCUGUCGGAGAGUGAAGAUUCUAAAAAAAAGAAGAAUAAAGCACUGAAAAAGAAAGCAUUGAAGAAAAUCAAUUCAAAGUCUGCAAAAAAGAGACGCAUUGGAAAAAAGAUUCUUAAAAAACUCAAAGAGCAAGAAAAGAAAAAGAAAAAAUACAAGGAGUCAGAUGACGAAAAAGAUAAAAAGAAAGAUAAAAAAUCCAAGAAAAAGAAAUUGAUGAAAGCAAAGAAGAAGCCGUCAAAGAAAAAGAAGAAGAUAAAGAUAAAAUCAUCGAGCAGCUCGAGCUCCGACAGCAGCGAUAGCGACAGCGAAAGCGACUCGGAAAAAGAUAAGAAGAAAAAAGCUAAAAAGAAGAGCGUCGAUUCAAAGAAGAAGAAAUCAAAGAAGAGAAAACAAUCAACUUCAGACUCGACUCAAAGUGAGGAGACAUUUGAUGUUAACAUUUUGAACAAUAUCAAGACUGAGAGACUCACAGACGAUGAUUUUUCACCUCGCCGCCAGAAGGAGAGAGAUUAUCAACGUCAAAGAGAGAUUAUUAACGUCAAAGAGCUACAGAACGAUUUUGUGGGUAAUAAUAUACAGAUAAAGAAGGAAAUUAUAGAGCAGGUUACACCGGAAGAGAGAGACAAACAAAUUGACGUGGAUGAGUCUAGCAUAGCUGACUCUGUACAAAGUGAUACUAAAGAAAAAGAGUGUGAGAAAUCAAACCAAAAGAAAAACCUAGAAGCUGAGUUGAAAUCAAUACCGAUACCUGAAGAAGGGAAACCAGCUAAGGAAAGGGCUAUCCCCGAAGUUAAAACUCCAGAAGCUCCUACAGAAGUUAAACUGACUGAUAUAGCGUUGCCAGAAGUUAAAACAGACAAAAGUUUGCCAAAAGUGACACAAGAUAGGACCGUGCCAGAAGUUAAGGCGACACCAGAAGAUUCCAGCAUAUCACAGUCGUCUCAGGAUUCUGUAUGUAGUGUGAAGGCGCCAUCUUAUGAGAAGGAUGACAGCUACUUGCGGCCGUCUUCUCAGAAUUCCAACUACAACUUCCAUGACGUCAUCGCGAGCCAUGCCGAGUACAAGCACGAUGACGUCACAGUUAGCCGCGAGUACAAGCAAGACGUCACAACCAGCCAUGAGUACAAACAUGACGUCACAGCAAGUCAUGAGUAUAAACAUGACGUCACAACUAGCCAAGAUACAGUUAGUCAUGAGUACAAACAUGAAGCGAGUCAGGAAUACAAACAUGACGUCACAGUGAGUCAGGAUUACAAACAUGACGUCACAGCGAGUCAGGAAUACAAACAUGACGUCACAGUGAGGCAGGAAUACAAACAUGACGUCACAGUGAAUCAGGAAUACAAACAUGACGUCACAGUGAGUCAGGAAUACAAACAUGACGUCACAGUGAGUCAGGAAUACAAACAUGACGUUACAGUGAAUCAGGAAUACAAGCAUGACGUCUCAGUGAGCCAGGAUUACAAACAUGACGCCACACCAAGCCACGAGUACAAGCACGACGAGCCUGACUAUGAAGCAGGCAACUACGAGAUGUAUGAACAGCUAGCCAUGGCGUACCAGAGUGAUGUCGCUAAUCAGCUAUCCCCGUGCGGCGGCGAGCGACCAAUAGAAACUGUGGUGCACGCGCGCUGCGGCGAGAUCAAGUGCGACUGGCGGCCCGGCGACCACGCCCCCGUCAAGUCGCCCCGCCCCUCCAGAUGGGGUCUGAAGCCGAGCGAGGUGAACAUAGUGCUGACUGGGGGCAGUGAGGCGGACGAGUCGCCGCAGCGAGUGUUCCAGAUACAGAGCCUCGCUAACAGAGAUCACAAUGAGGGUUACGACGAAGCAUACAUGGACAUGUACGGCGCGGCGGAUCGCCUUCAGUACGGAGACUGCUUCAGCGACGGCGGAGCGCCCCCGCCCCAGGGCGGAGUACCCGCCCCCCAGGGGGGAGUACCCGCCCCGCAGUGCGGAGUCCCGGCCCCCGAGGGGAGAGUCUCUGCGCCGCGGAGCUCCCUCGACGCUAGAAUAGAUCAAGCGCUUAGCAACAGUGUGCUGGGUGAGAUCGCCAAAGAUGCAGAGGAAAGUCAGAGAGAAGCCGACAAGACAACUACUGCGGGUGAGGCGGGUCGCGGUAUGAAGCGAGUGAGCUUCGCGGACGGGUACAAGCCGGGACAGGACUCCGACGUCGAGGAGCCGCCUAUUAAAAAGCGCAAGAAGGCGCGUCGCGUGGGCUGCGCUUGGCCGUGCCCCGCCACGCACCCCGACCACGUGCCCCUGUGGGACGCCCUGCCACCGCCGCCCCCGCCGCCUGGCUCCCCGCCCCGUGCGCGGCCCCUAGCUCUCCAGCCGCACAUCAUACCAGGGACACAGCAUAUGUUACCGGGAUCUCAGCAUAAUAUAACGAGCACGAUGCUGCCUGGGACGCAACAACAUAUAUUACCGGGAACGCAACAACAUAUUUUACCAGGGACUCCACAACAUAUCUUGCCGGGGACACAGCAACACAAUAUGAUACCAGGAUCUCAGCAACAUAUGAUACCGGGAUCUCAGCAACACAAUAUGAUACCGGUAUCUCAGCAACACAUGAUACCAGGAUCUCAGCACAUGUUGCCGGGGGCGAAUGCCCCACACAUGCUGUCCCGAGCCCCGGGCUUGAUGCCGGGGCCUCGCAUGUUGCCGGGGCCCAACCAGAUGAUGAACAUGGGGCACACGAUACACGCUCAAUUCGACCCCAACACAUCUUUGGCGGGCUUUCUGCCGCCCGAGCCGCCGCCGGGAAUGAUAGCGCUCCGCUGAACUGAACAUAGGCUAAGGAAUAGGGGCCGCCCAUAAAAUACGUCACGCUACAAUUAAUGUAUUACAAUUUACAUAGCUACUUACACAAUUUUGUCGUUGAAAUAGUACUGUAGGUAGGCCCUUUUAAAUAUUAUCCAGUUUCAAUAGCAAAAUGUCUUGGAUGUUAUAAAAUAUUAUAUACGAUUAAUUUGCGGACGUAUUUUGUGGGCCGUCCUCGUAAGUUUAUUUUUAUUUUCUCUCGUUAUAAGUUCUCGUUAAUAUACGGUACCAUUAA